AUUUAGCGGAACACAAGAUCCGAAUAAGCCAAUGCAAGGCCAAACCGUCUAAGUUACAGCUGCAAUUGUACAAUACAAUUCGGGCCCAAAUUCGUGCUGAUUUGAUACAAAAAUGUGUCUCCCUUGUGGCAACAUUCUCGGUUUUCUGCCACUGUUGUGGAUAAUUGCUAUGCCAGUCGUGGGGUCUUUUUGUGGCCCAGAAACUGCUCUCAGGUUCUCUCUUCUCAUGAUGUUGUAUUCGAUGCUGGAGAGUUUCAUGAAGAAAUUUGUGAAUUUCCUUCUCCCUGUAUUCACCAUUGGAUUCUUCGUGGUCAUCAUGUGUCUUCCUAUUAGCAUUGUACCCUACCCACUGGUCUGGUUAUACGGUCAGCUGAUCUGGAUCACGGAACCCUUGAUCUUGUUUGUAGAAGCCAUCGGGGUGAUUCGAAUCUCUAUGAGGCUCAGCAAAGAGGUAACGGACCACAUUGAUGAUCAUGAGCUUCUUGCCAAGGGUCUAAUCAUCACAACAACAGUCAUAGCCUAUACAGCUUCUUUCAUCUUCGCCAUUAGUAUCUACAGGACAGGGUCGCAGCCAAUCACAUGCAUACUAUUGGUCAUCAUUCUUGUUUCUGUCAUCCAUCUUGCUAUGACGAUCAAAGCUGAUCACGGUAUCAUAUCCAAUUGUUCCAUUGUCUGCCUGUGCAUGAUAGGUUCCCUGUGUGCUGGAGUCUAUGAAUCUAAUCUUAUUCAUAAUCCCCUUCCAGAACCAAAGGAGUGGUCUGAUGAAUCAUUUGACCAUCUUUCACUAGUUCAACUUGUAUUAUCUACUGCAACGUCAAGUAUGAGUCAUGUAACCAAGGCAACGCGUUUCCUCUACAAGCUGGUCAGUCCUGUUCUAAUCUCUCUCAUCGUGGUUCGUACUGUCAGCAUACAGCAGGUCAUGGGUCAUCUGCUUACAAGAUUUUAUCAGUACAUGCUGGAUGACGAAGAGAAUGAGAUGGAAGAAGAGUCCUACCUAGAGGAGGUCAUCGAGGAACCAACCUGUCUUCCAAACGUACCAACGUGUUUAGAACCCUCCGCCCUCCCUACCAAACUCUCCCUCAUCUUUGUCUACACUCAGCUUGUCUUCCGAACCAUGUCCCUGUCCGGAGGGCAUCGCCCAUACCAGUCCCUGGUCCCCGCUGGCUUUCGGGAGGUGAUGUUGUCUGGAGUGUGGAAUCAAGUAGGAGUCUUCAGGAUGUUGCAGAUCUGUACCUUAGGGCUGGUCUACCCCUUGAGGUUACAUAGAGAAGGGGAGGAAGAUGAUGCCUGGUAGAAUCUUGGCCCUUCACCAUUGGUACCGAGGGUUGGUCUGAUACUUUUGGUUGUGUAGAUAUCGGGUGGAAGAUAGUGAUUGGUAAAUUUCUGGUCCUUUUUCGAUAUCGGUCUACCCCUUGAGGUUACAUAGAAAGAGAGAAGGAGAUGGUGAUUAGUGAAAUCUUGAUCUUGAUUGGUAAAUGCUGGUCCUUUUCAAGAGAUUGGUUCCCGUGUGGUCGGUCUACCCCUUGAGGUUACAUAGAAAGAUGGAAGGAGAUGAUGAUUAGUGAAAUCUUAAUCUUUCCAUGAUCUGUAACUUGGUUUAGUCUACCCCUUUGAGAUGACAUAGAGAGAGGAAAAAGAUGAUGAUUUGUAGAAUCUGGACACUUUCAUGAUCUGUACCCUAGGGUUGGUCUGCCCCUUGAGGUUGUUUAGAAAGGGGAAGAAGGUGAUAAUUGAGAGAUGCUGGACCCUUCUCACACAGAAGUAAAGCUGGUCCUUGCUGGCUUGAACAUGAUGUAAAUGGACAAAUCUGUAAGUCAAGACCUAGAAAAAAAAGACAAUGUUGAACUUGGUGUACCUAGACAUAAGGACUCUGGGUGGUCAUGGUGAAAUAGGCUGUAUGCAGAAAUGAAGGGAAUAAUCUUGUACAGUGACAAAAGUGAGCCAUGUUUGCUUGAGCUUGGUAUAAAUGGAAGGUACUAGGCCCCGGGCAAAGGGGGUGAUGGGAUACUCAAAUUAUUUUUUGAUGGGGUUGUGCCUCUCAAAACUCUGAAAUGGGGGUCUAAGGAACUGACUAAAAGUAAAAGGGUAAAGUAUGGGUUCUUUGGAACUAAAUAUAUACAGCUUGGUGUGAAAAACAGGGUCUACGGAACAGUAUCGCGGCACUGUAGGAAUAGCGCUGUUCUUGCGCUAGCCAUGCAUAAAGCGACUAUCAGUUAUAAUGUAGGGAGUUGCGAAAGGGUUCGAAACUGAGAUGUCUCGUAACGGGGUCUUGCGAGCGGGGCUGAGCAGCUUCUGAACUGAAAUUUUGCCAUUCGGAGUUUCUAGAGAACUGAAAAUUACGUCAGAAAAGGGGGGUCAUCAAAGCGGCACAUCCCCGUUCAACCAAUAUAUGUGAGUC